CUAGACAUUACGACAAGGGGGAUGACUUCUAACAUUCAACAAGCACUUCUUCGGAAGUCUCACACAAUACUUCAUGGUCUCUCUCCAGAGGGCCUUUUCAUCAGGCUCAAGAAAUGGAACUUUUUGACAGAUCCAAGCAGAUCCCUAAACCGGAUAUCAUAUUGCCCAGUGGCUGCAUUUGAUCCAUUUGUGUUAGGGGGACCGGAUCCCAAUACUCGCUGUGCCAAACAUUGCUCCAACCCAGGGAUCCAGUCCCCCGGCAGAAACAGAGUAAUAUUGUGCAUGCUGUCAGGAGGAUUACCGUGAUUUAUACAUCUGAGAAACCAAACAACCUCCAGCUAAGCAGAUGGCACAACACAGAAGACCUACCUCCUCAGGCCAGGACUUUGCAAUCUAUUCACACCAACGAUUUACACCUCUUAUAUACUGUUGGGGUUGGGGAAACCUGCAGUCAGCUGAGACUGAAGAAGUCCCUUGGAUGCGUGACAAGACGUUUUUCCCAUUGAAAACGUCACGUCCAAAUGAACAGCAUCAACUUUUUGGAAUGAGUCAAUUUUUGCGUCCAGAAAACAAGGAGGGAGAUCAAGAGUGAUAAUCAGAUGAUGAGUACAUCAUGCUUUCUUUGUUUUCAAGACGCUAAUUCGAGGCACUCAUGAGCAGAAGGCCUGUCACAAGUCACGACUUAAAGAUGUGUUUCAAAACAUGUCCCCUGUGUCAGUGUGGCUAUUUGGGGAGCAUGUUCAUCACAAUAAUCUUACUGAGACUGGCUGGAAAAAGGGAAGAGGCAAAAUGAUCUUAAGGUUAGUUGUCAAGUAUUCAAAAUAUCACAAGACGUUCAGUGAAACAUCAUGUUGGGAUAGCUUUGGUCAUCAGGUUUAAAUACACAUAUGAUGUUCAUGCAGCUCGAGUGCCCAAAAAAUAACAUGCAUCGUUUAAUGAUUCAUUCACUCUGAUUAUUAGGGGGUAUAAUAUCAAAACACUAUGUAAUUCGAAGAAUAUCUAUUCGAUUGUCUGGAGUGGCUGUAGCUCAGAAGGGAGAGCAGGUCAUCUACUAAUUGGAAGGUUGGUGGUUAGAUCCCUGGCUGCUCCAGUCUGCAUGCCAAAUAUGCAUGUGCAAGAUGUUUACCCGAUGCAUCCAUCAGAGUGCGAAUAUUAGACAGAAAGCACUUGCACAUAGGAAAAAAGUGAUUGGGUGAAUGAGGCAUGUGGUAUAAAGCGCCUUGAGUGCUCACAUAGAGUAGAAAAGUGCUAUGUAAGAGCCAGUUUACUUACUGUGUUCAUAUAUAAAAAAAAAAAAUAUAUCUGAAGAACAGCAGACCAAGCAUGGAAUUAAAACGAUAAGAAUCUAUGAAACUGUGAUUCAUCAUUACAGAUGCACGGAGAAACUGUUAUUUUUAAUUUUCGCCAAUUCAGCGUUUAUACAACACAUUAAAAAGGAAUAUGGAAAACAUGAGCUGUCACAAUGAGCAGUUCUUACUUAUGUGCGGUUAACACCAUCUUAGGCACAUAUGCAAAUUACCAAAUAUGUGCAUGUGCUUACGCACUUUGACUUUUUUUAAAAAACGCUAAUAAUACAGACAGUAUGGAGAAUGAAACCUAAUUCUUGAUCAUAUCAAACUGAAGCAUAUCAGUUACAAACGAAACCAGAAAGUAGAUUAACGAGUGAGUAGGUCCGGGUCAGCUGAACGCUGUGUGCACAGGGAAUUUCAGAGUGUCUCCAGUUGACAGAUGACUACUCAACAUGAGCGCAGGGCUACUUAAGUUUCACAUCACACCAAUAAGGGUUUUUCGUACCGCUUGUACAGCUCUGCAGAAAUAAUAAGUUUGUUGAGAACGUUUUAUUUAUUAUUGCAUGCCCGCGUAUGUGCAUGUGUGUUUCUGUGUGUGUGUGUAUGUCAGGUUAAAACCACUUAGGUAUUGGCAAAAAGCACUUGUAUUAAUGUAUGUGUGAAUGAAUGAAUGAGGCCUGUGGUAAAAACCACUUCAAGUGCUCAAUUAGAGUAAAUAGCGCUAUAUGAGCACCAGUCGAUUCGCAGUCAAGUGUGCAUCACAUAAUAAAUAAAUGAUGAUGAAUUUGUUUUUUCAUUUCCAUCACUAAGCAGACCACAUUCACCAGAGUGAGUAAGCUGGGAGGACAGUUCAGUGACUAAAGAAUUACUCGUAAGUUCUCUGUUGGUCAACUACAGUAAACGAAGACAAAGCUCCAAGAAAUUUGCUCUUUUACUGUUCUGAGCAUUCUUCAAAAUAGGCAUCUAUCCACCCCGUUACCAGCUGUCACAUCAGAUCUCAUGCAACUUGUUACCACACCCAUUCAUGUGAGAGUUACUGGCGGUAUAAGCGAUACUUACUGACCCUGGUCAUAGUAGUUGCAGUUGCAGUUCUGAUAAUUUCCUUUUUGAGAAUUUCUAAAGCUACAUAAAACUAGUGAAGACACACACACGCAGACUUCAUAACAAUUGUUUAUGUUUAUAUAACCAAAGCCACAAAGUAUAAACAAUAACUGAAACAUACCUGAGAAGAGUUGUGUGCUACAAAUGAGGGGAAAAAAGAGUACACAUACACACACACACGCGCAUUCAAACGGACAAACAAUGUGAAAGUGAAAGAGGAGUGUGGUGAAUGUGACUGUAAAGACGCUUUAGUUUCUGAUAAACUGACAAAAAAUGUGAUGCACAAGGCUGAGGAAAGGCAUAACUACAAUACAGAGUGCAAGUCAUCAGGUCUGCAGAGCACAAGAAAUUCACAUUCGUCUGAAUGCGUCUGCAUUGUUAUAUCAGCUCGUUUCUGUCAAGUUCCAGGAGUGGGUUAGGUUUCAACUGGAUGUGAUAUCAGCAGUAAUUUCAUGUAAAGUGCUGAAAAUCGCUGACAGCAGAUUCUCAGCACUGGUGCAUGACAGCAUCUGAGACAGAAACUGAGGUGAAGGGUUAAGAGCAAAGACAACAGAGACAUCUAAUUAUUUACAAGGCAUACGCCUCCCAGCCGACUGUUACAACAAAACGACAAGAUAAGCUCUGGCUCCGCUUUGUCCCCAUUUCAUUGAAGCAAAUUGUGAACAGGGCACGAAAAGGGAUGUGUUGGCAGAAGAAAACCGUUGUUUGGUGUGGUGUGGGAAAUAUCACUGCUAAAGCAGUUCUUUGCGGUUUCGUUUGACAGGUUACCUUUUACAGACUGAGAUGAAGGCGUAAUGAAAAUGUUAACUUAACUUUCUGACAGCGCAGAUUCUUUUUCAUAGUAUCGUCAAAUUGCUAAAACAAAGAGAUAAAACUUCACGCACUUUGACUUUUGCAGAGUUCUAGUGUGAAAGUCACAACUCUGUCAGUUUACUUUAUUGAAUAUUAAAAUGAGACAGAAAUGCAAAUGGCACCCGAGAAAGGCAGCUAUAUUAAAAUGUAUGCGGUUUUCCUUUUUUUGGUGCUACAUACUGAUUCAAAACCAGGAAACAGCUUGUUAUAAUUGACGGAUGGAGUACUGAUGUAACCUCUGUACCAGAACAGAGAAGUCAACUAUAAAGUGCCUUAGCCCCUAAAGAAAAUGACCCAACUUCUCUCUUGAUUUAUUACCCCAGUAAAUACUUUGACCUUUGAGCACUGUGUUUUCAGUUUCAGUAACAUUUUCCUUGCCUAAGAUUGCUGUUAAGAUUUUUUCAGUCUUGAGAAGAGUUUUUGCUUGCUACAGGCAGCACGGUAGCACGGUGGUUAGCACUGUUGAAGGUCCUGAGUUCAAUUCCACCAUCAGGCCAGGGUCUUUCUGUGUGGAGUUUGCAUGUUCUCCCCGUAAGCGGGAAUGUGUUACCAGAGGCUACAGUUUGCAUGGGCUCAUCACAACUGGUGAGAAACGUCAGGUGUGAUGAGUCUCGAUUUGUGCUGUGACAUUUGGCAGGGUGUUGCAUCAACAGUCAGGCUGCUGCUGCCUGUAUAAUGUUCUUGGCACCCUUUAGUACCAACUUAGCAUCACUUAACUGCCACAGCCUACCUACCUGAGCAUUAUUGGUGUAUUAUUGGAUCCUUACUGGGUAUGUUCAUCCUUUUGUGAUCACAGAGUAUCCAUCUUCUCAUAGACACCUUCAGCAGGUUAUCAUGUCCCAAAGCUCAGAUCAUCUCAAACCGGUUUCUUGAGCAUGACUUUGAGUUCACUGUACUCGAAUGGCCUCCACGAUCACCACAUCUCAGUCGAACAGAGCACAUUUGGGAUGCGGUGGAACAAGAGAUUCUCAUCGUGGAUGUGCAUAACUGUCAAGCGAAUGUGAACCAAAAUCACUGAGAAAUGUUUCCGACACCUUGCUGAAUCUGUGCCACGAAGAAUUAAGGCAGUUAAGACAAAAAGGUUUCCAACUCAGUACCUACCUACAACAGGAAGGUGUGGUGAAAUGCUUAACUGGAGGCAUGAAAACGGUAGCCCACAAACCAAUGGAUGACAUCAUUUUUGCUAAUCUUUUGCAUAUGGUUUCAGGUAUAUCUCAUGGCAAACGGGAUUAGCAUUACUAAUACCAGUAACACAAUUUCAACCUGAAAUAAUCAUACCUUGAUAACACCUCAGUUCUGUGAAUGGCAGGUCUGAAGACCUCAUUCAUUGUGUGGUGUGGGUUUCUAUUACUCAGGAGUUUAUCUAGAUAAAUUACGUUCCGAAUAUUUGUCAUUUUUGGAACGAAAAAUGACGUAUCAGACUAGUCAGAGGCAUCUUAAAAGCAACUACAACCACAUGAAAUUAUAAAAUCACAAUGCAGAGCGCAUGCAUGCACUGAUGUGAAGUACGAGGCGUUUCCCAUGAACUGGUCACUGCUGAUUCAUUUAUUUUACAUGGAGUAACUUCAGCUGUUCCCUUACUUCCUAAGGUGUUGCCCCAUGCAUAGAUUUUACGCUGGAUUGGCCUUAAUGACAUAACCAUGGGACCAAACGAGAGUACACUAGCUCAUGACCCUCCGAGGACGGAGUUUGUCGGCUCUCAGUCUCAAACCAGGGAUCUUUUACACGUUCGUGAACGGGUGAACGACUACACCAUAGAUUUUACAGAUAACAGAUAUCGUGGAUAGAUUUGACCACUUCUUGAUUUUUUCCUCCCAAACCCAAACCGCAACGCGUUCCCUUGUUCUGUUUAGUUUUUGUAACAAACUGAAAGUUACACCAUAAUUUAGACAUUUCAAAUCUUCUGCCUUUAAAAACAACUUGAAACCCUUUUAUUAAAUCUCUUAUUACAAUAUUAUUGCAAAAUGAUGUGUGUGUCAUGUGGUAAAUGAACUUUAGCUUGACCCUUCAUUUGUCUGCUGACUGCAAAGUCUGUUUAUCACACAGAGGCGAUCACAGAAUGAUCCCCCCCCCCAAUGGGCGUAUUUUGAAAAUGCCAGUGUUGCCUAACAUGCACGACCUAAGACGACGUGUGAAUUGGACAGACUGAUAUCAAAUAUCUGGACUGCUGGACAUUCCAUUCAAAAAAAAAGUACUAAGGGGGGAAAUACCUCUUACUCUGCCAACAUUACUGAAUCACUUCUCGGUGCCGUUUCCCUAUUACAAAUAUGAAUACAUAUAUACGUUUUUUUAAUGCAAAAUGGUUAACUGAAAAAAGAUAGUGGAAUCUGAAGAAAGAUUGCAGUAACUCCAACUCAAAGUGAAAAGCACUCUUAUUACGUAUGUCUGACAUGCAGCGAGAAUCCACAGCGUCAUCAUAGUCAAACCACAAUUCAUGUCAUUUCCAUAUGGGGGUUCGAUUUCCUUUGUUAUUGUGAAUAGAGUCAUACGUUGCUUUUCAUGGACUUUAAACACAGUUUUUACACUGAAAAAUCAGUUUGGAGUUCUUUAUCUGCUCAUUUUAGGAACUUAGUAGGGUCGAUGUGUGUAAACUUGUCACCUAAAAGCAACAGGUUGAAUAAAAAUUCAAAAUAUAUAAUGAUAAUAAUAAUGAUGUGUGGAAGGAUAACUAUAUUUACUAUUACUGGUAGUGGUGGCAGCAUUUUUAUUAUAUAUGCAAUAUUAGUACCAUAUGAAAAAUCAUUUUAAAAAAGAAUCAAUAGCUUCUAAUUCAGUUAUUGAUCACAGAAAAUGAUGUCAGAGUUUAUUUCCAUGGUGUCAAUACCAACCCAUAUGAUGGGAGUGGUAGAACAUAUGCAACACACUAGCUGCUUCUAGGCCAAAAAAAAAAUCCCCUUCAUGUAUGAAGCAUGUUUAACCAUUUCUCUUCCAGUAAGUCUCCUCCCUCCCUCCUCCCUAAAGGAUCGCCAGAUUUUGCUAUAAAUUAAGGCAACAGAUGAGCUCUAGUAUACACAUUUUUCUCUUCUGAGCAAUUCAGCAAGAUCCAACAAAGCCUUUUGUGCAGCAGCAGCAGGAGCAUCAGCAUUUCUGUGGACCAGCUAUUCUCUUCAUUCCAGCCAGAAUACUUCAGCAUCUUAUCCAGCAGAAUGACUUCUCAGACCGUCCUCCUGUGCGUCCUGGCGCUCGCGUCUUUCUUCAGCUCUGCUUUGUGCUCUCCUAUGUGCAACAACCACUGCUGCCGUUUCGUGGAGGGCUUCCCCGUCAGGCUCAAGAAGCUCAGACAGGACUAUUCACGGAUCAGAGAUUUCUACGAAGCAAACGACGACUUAGACUCAGCGCUGCUAGAUCAGUCCGUCGAAGACUCCUUUAAGAGCCCGUUUGCCUGUUACGCCAUGAACAGCUUACUGGAAUUUUACCUGGACACGGUUCUGCCGACAGCCAUGGCCGGAGUGACUGAAGAGAUCAAGGACUUAAAGCCUCACGUGGAGUCCAUACAAGAAAUUUUCAAUACCCUGAAGAGAGAUGUCACCCAGUGUAGGAAAUACUUCUCCUGCAAAAAACAGUUCGACAUCAACAAUCUGAACUCUACUUACACUCAGAUGGAGAGCAGAGGUCUAUACAAGGCCAUGGGAGAGCUGGACAUAUUGUUUAACUACUUUGAGACGUACCUGGCUUCUAAGCGACACAGACAAUAACCUCUGCUCGAAGACCUGCUGACCCAAAUCAAGAUAUGAAGCUCAUCUCUGGGAGAAAAAGAACUUUUACAAGCAUUGACAGAUGUGAAUUUUUUGUAUGGGACUUACUGAACUGUUGUCUUUAUUUUUUAUGAGACGUUAUAACUAAUUUGUCCUAUGGACAAGUUUCUGUUAGGAUCCUUUUGAAUCAUUAUCAUUUUGUUUAAAAAAAGGACACUUUGUUAUAAUAAUAUUACAUUUGUUAUAAUUAUUUAUAAAGAUGUGUCAUUCUGUGUUUUUUAUAUUUAUUGUGCCUUCUGUUAAAUUGCAAUAAAU